AUUCCUGACGCUCGUUGUGUCCUUGUUAGCUUGCAAGCUAACUAAUGUCCACCAUCUGGAAAGAUGAUUUGAAUUGUGUCUUUACUUUUAAAUUAAUUAAGGUGUAUAUUUGUCCACUGUAGCUUAUAGCAUAAUGUUGCGAGCGGGGAACGCGGUUGCCUGCCUGGCCUGCAGGAGCCUACUGUCUCCCAGGAUGGGACUGCGGGUUGGUGUGCCCAUCCAGAAACUUCACCCCUUAUCCCGUGCCAUCCACCACAGAUACACCAAUGCCAACUCCCAGAGGACACCACACCGAACUGCUGCCCGCCACUUUACCUCCCUUUCUAGACUACCCCCGCGUACCUACAAGUACCGAUAUGGGGGCCAGGGGGGUCAUGGCUAUCAGCAACACCGCAAUUUCUGGGCACUGCGCUUGGCCACCAGGCUGCUCAAACUAAGAUACCUUGUGCUGGGGUCAGCGGUGGGAGGAGGGUACACUGCUAAAAAGACUUAUGAGGAGUGGAAAGACCUGCUGCCUGAUCUCAAUGAAUACCAAUGGGUAGUGCCUGAUUUUGUGUGGGAGCUCACUGAACAAAUAGACCUAGAAAAACUGGCCAAAGCUCUGCCUGAUGCUGAGGAGCUAGCCAAGCUAAUGCCCGACUUGGAAAAGUUUGGAGAGAACUUUACCUUUCUCAAGGGCCUUCUGUCCACUGGUAUGAGUUUGGUUAGUGAAGUCAAUGGAGCUUCUGGUCUGCGUCUGUUGUUAGCAUACCUGCCACCUGAGCCUGAGGUUUGUCCUGGUUCACUGUGUUUUGCCGCAGAAACCCCCGGCGAGUCGGCCCUGAAGGCCCCGGAGGCUCCGGUGGCGGCAGCCACAGCUGCGUCGACAGCCGCCUCGCCCGAUGGCGACAAGCAGUACAAGAAGCAGGGUUUGCUUGGCGAGCUCAUUCUCAUUCAGCAGCAGAUCCAGCAGCACGAGGAGGAGGUCCGACGGGCGGCGGCGGCGGCGGCGGAAGCAGCAGCGGCCUAUAGCGCGCGGCCCGCUCCUGCUCCUGCUCAACCUCCGCCUCCACCACCACCACCACCACCACCACCACCACCUCCGCCGCCCGAACCCAGCCCAAGCCCGACCCCCACUCCAGCCCCGGCCCAGAGCGCCAUCCCCAGCCCAAGCCCCUCGCAGCACAAGCGCAAGACAUCAGAUAAAGAGAAAAUAGACCAACUACAGGAGGAUCUUCUCCGCACUCAGCUGAAGUACCAGCGCAUGCUGGAGCGCCUGGAGAAGGAGAACAAGGAGCUGAGGAAGGUGGUGCUGCAGAAGGAUGACAAAGGCAUUCAUCAGAGGAAAGUGAAGAAGUCUCUGAUUGACUUGUACUCAGAAGUGCUGGACAUCCUUUCUGACUAUGACUCAAACUACAACACUCAAGACCACCUGCCAAGGGUGGUGGUGGUAGGGGACCAGAGUGCCGGGAAGACCAGUGUGCUGGAGAUGAUCGCCCAGGCCAGGAUCUUCCCCCGCGGCUCGGGCGAAAUGAUGACCAGGUCGCCUGUCAAGGUGACCCUCAGUGAAGGCCCUCACCACGUAGCCAUGUUCAAGGACAGCGGCCGAGAGUUUGACCUCAGCAAAGAGGAGGAUCUGGCUGCCCUCAGGCACGAGAUCGAGCUCAGGAUGAGGAAGAGCGUCAAGGAUGGCCAAACAGUCAGCACAGAGACAAUUUCUCUAAGUGUCAAAGGCCCAGGAAUCCAGAGGAUGGUGUUGGUUGACCUGCCAGGUGUUAUUAGUACGGUGACCGCAGGAAUGGCAGCAGACACCAAGGAGACCAUUUUCAGCCUCAGUAGAGCGUACAUGCAGAACCCCAAUGCCAUUAUCCUCUGCAUUCAGGAUGGUUCCGUGGAUGCCGAGCGCAGCAUCGUCACGGACCUGGUCAGCCAGAUGGACCCCCAGGGCAAGAGGACCAUCUUUGUCUUGACCAAAGUCGACCUGGCCGAGAAGAACCUGUCCAGCCCCAGCAGGAUUCAGCAAAUUGUUGAAGGCAAGCUGUUCCCAAUGAAGGCCCUGGGAUACUUUGCUGUGGUUACUGGCAAAGGGAGUGCUGGUGAAAGCAUCGACUCCAUUAAAGACUACGAGGAAGAUUUCUUCCAGGCCUCCAGACUAUUAAGAGACGGCAUGCUAAAGGCCCACCAGGUGACCACCAAGAACCUGAGCCUGGCCGUGUCCGACUGCUUCUGGAAGAUGGUGCGGGAGUCCGUGGAGCAGCAGGCCGACGCCUUCAAAGCCUCUCGCUUCAACCUGGAGACGGAGUGGAAAAACAACUACCCACGCUUACGUGAGCUGGACAGGAACGAGCUCUUUGAGAAGGCCAAGAAUGAGAUCCUGGACGAAGUCAUCAGCCUGAGUCAGGUCACGCCCAAACACUGGCAAUCCAUACUGCAGAAGAAGCUGUGGGAGAGGGUGUCCACGCACGUCAUCGAGAACAUCUACUUGCCGGCCGCCCAGACCAUGGACUCGGGCACCUUCAACACCACUGUGGACAUCAAGCUGAAGCAGUGGACAGACAAGCAGCUGCCUCACAAAGCACUGGAGGUUGCCUGGGAGACGUUGCAGGAAGAGUUUGCCCGGUUUAUGGCCGAGUACAAAGGGAAAGACCAGGAUGACAUCUUUGACAAGCUGAAGGAGGCCGUCAAGGACGAGAGCAUCAAGAGGCACAAGUGGAACGAGAGGGCCAUGGACAGCUUGAGGGUGAUUCAACACAACGCCCUUGAGGACCGCUCAAUCACAGACAAGCCUCAGUGGGAUGCUGCCAUCCAGUUCAUGGAGGAGACUCUGCAGUCCCGCCUCAAAGACACUGAGUCAGUAAUUCAUGAUAUGGUGGGGCCAGACUGGAAAGAGAGGUGGAUGCACUGGACAAACCGCACUGGAGACCAGCACAUCCGCAACGAAACCAAAAACGAGCUGGAGCGCCUGCUGAAGCUGCAGGAGGACCACACGGCCUACCUAGCCAACGACGAGGUCACCACCGUGCGCAAGAACCUGGAGAGCCGCGGCGUGGACGUGGACCCUGUGCUGAUCAAGGACACAUGGCACCAGCUGUACCGACGCCACUUCCUACAGAAGGCCCUGGCCCACUGCAACCUGUGCCGGCGAGGCUUUUACUACUACCAGAGACAUUUCGUAGACUCUGAACUGGAGUGCAAUGACAUCGUGCUGUUCUGGAGGAUCCAGCGCAUGCUGGUCAUCACUGCCAACACGCUGAGGCAACAGCUCACCAACACGGAGGUACGUCGCCUGGAGAAGAACGUAAAAGAGGUGCUGGAGGACUUUGGGGAGGACAACGAGAAGAAGACCCAGCUGAUCACCGGCAGGAGAGUGCAGUUGGCUGAGGACCUCAAAAAAGUUCGGGAAAUUCAGGAGAAACUUGAAGCAUUCAUUGAAGCCCUUCACAAAGAAAAGUAGACAUGCAGAAUUGCUGGAUGCAACUUACAGUUCACGGAAAAUGCACUGAUCAAAGAAGACUAAUUCACCUACGGCCCUUUUGUAAAUGACUACUCUCCCGACCUCAUCCGCAUCCAGCAUUUGAUUUUAACGUGAAGACACUCGCUCACACACAUAUAUCUAUACACACACACACACGCACACGCACACACACACACACACACUGGCACACUCUAAAACGAGUCUGCAGCUAGACAUUUCUUCGCCCGCUGCUUCAAGAGGAAGAUUAAGAGUGGAUGUUUUCCCCUCCAGCCAGCCAGUGAGCGGCUGCUUGGCUCUAUCAGCGAUUGGGAAAGGAGCCCUCCAUAAGCCGAGAGUGACCUGUCACAGCCGGAUACAGUCUCCCCCACCCCACAUCACCCCGCCACAACCCCACCUCCCCCUCCUCUGGUGGCUUAAAAGCACUUGAUGCGUUCAGCAGACAUGUCCUCCACAUGGACGUACUCAGCAGAGAGGGAGAGAAUGAGUGGGAGAAAGGAAGGCAAAAAAAAGAGACGCACUUAUAUAUACCUCCACUCCUCUCCUCCUCGUCCUCCCUCGUUCGGCCUCACUUCCCAUAAAUGAAGAUCUUGUGCAGGUGUCUUCUAUCAACCCCCCUCCCACCCCCCACACCAGUCCACCUACACCCUACCACCACCACCACCCUCCUCUUAUCACGCACUUUGGCUGUCGUCAUCCAUUUGGCUGCGUUGGCCAGGCGCGUCUAUCAGACACGUAUCUGCCGCCGAUGUCUAGGAGGCCGUGGGUGUAGGGGAGGAUGCAGCACUCCUGUCAGCCAGCAGAUAACCGCCAAGCACUUAGCAUCAGCAGCCCCCCCCCCCUGUGUCGGGCCCCAUCCCAUGGGAUUUGUAGGCUUUCCAACGGGGAAGUGUUGUAGUUUAUCACCAACUGAUAAUGUACUCUUGCUUACAGUAUGGCGGCUCUGUUUAAUCUUAGCACCUCCAUCUUGUGUUUGUUUGACUAAUGUAGGGAUUAAAAAGAGAACUGUUUGGCUUUUUUUGUGUUUUUUUUUUUUUUCUUUUCUUGACGUGAGACGUGAGACUAAUUGAAGUUGGGUACUGUCAUACUGCACGGGUAAAAACCGAGAUCCUUUUCGCUCCUUUUCUGCUCGGGGUUUUGAGAGCGUCUCUGAGAGAUCCGUCUGUGUGCAUCACGGACCGCGCACACUCGCGGUCUUUCAUGUCGGCGCCAUGUCCUGCAGGGCCUCAUUGAGAAAACAGUGCGGAGCCUCCACUACCGUCUCUGGUCUCUGGGGGAGCUACAGCUCUUAGGCCUGUUGGCUGUGUUCCUAGUGGUGAAGUCAGAAUGAGGGGGGGGGGGUGGACUCCAUACACACUCACACGUUUGGCUGCCCUCUCUACUCACUCUGCUUCCGGCCGUUUCUCUCUCCCUCUCUCCGUCUCUCUCCCUUUGUCUUCCCUCUCUCACUUUCCCUUUUCCCUCUCUCCAUUCCUCCUCCUCUCUCCAUCUCUCCAUCUCCCUCUCGCCUUAUAGCCCUUUCCUCCCAUCCCAUAAGACGUGAGCGUUCCUCCUUUCCCUCGGAGGAAGAAUAGAAUGAGGAGAAUGGAAGGGGGGGGGGGGGUUGGAGACGGGGGAAUUCAGAGCGGACUUCUCUUUCCUCUAGCACUGUUUGCAUCUGCACGUUGCCUCCCUCCUCCCCUCACCUUUACUGCUCAUCUGGCUGCCUGUGUCCAGUGUGUGUAGUCAAAGCGAGACUCUUUUAUUUUUUGUCUUUUUGCGCUUGUUCUACAUUUGUAUUACUCUCUCUCUCUCUCUCUCACUACGCUUCCAUCUCUCUCUCUCUCUUUCCCCAUCCCUGCUACCCUAACCCCUAGUUCAAUUUACACACUCUUCCUCUUGUAUUUCUUUUUUUUACAUCCCCAUAUUUCUACUGUUUGUUUUGUUUUUGCGCUGGUCACGUGCCCUAUCAGUUCUUCUCACAGAUCCCACCCAGUUGCCCUAACUGUUGAACGUGUUUGGAAGGGAUGAUCAUAUCAUUCUCUGGCCACUCAUACAAUAUUUGUAAAUGGGUAUAUAUAUAUAUACAUUGUGUAUAUGUUAAUUUAACUCAAAUCAUGGAUCUGUUAUCACUAAUGGGAGAUGAUGGGAGGCUGAUGCUUAUAACAGGAUAUCCAUGGUUUACUUCAUCAACAGUACUUUUUUUUUUUUUUUUUGGUAGAUUGUAAUGUUUGCAUGGUGAACCCUACCAGAUGUGGUUUAUUUAUUAAAUUGGUGUUUAAAGAAAAUAUGAGUCGAGAUUAAAUGGAUAUUAAUAAAUACAGACAAAAGUGGCAUUUUUCUUUCAGUGAGACUGUGCUUUUGCUAAGACAGACUGGUGUGCUUGUGUGUUGUUCCUUCUGUUCAGUUUGUCGUCGAUGCAAGAGUCGAGGGUAGACUUGGGGUCCGAUCUCAGCUUUCUGCGCACCCUCGACUGUCCAGUCCAGUCCAGGCCUGUGUGGAACUGUUUGUCUAGUCUGACCGCACCACAGCACAUCUUCCCCUGUUCUGUCAUGGAUUGUAAAAAAUACAAAAGACUGUACAUUGUGUUAUGAAUUAAAGGAUGAGAUAUGGAGUGA